AUGGCCUCGAAAAGCGCCGAUGGCGCUGUGGUCGAAAGGCAGGAGUUGAAACUGCUGGAGAAGCAAGUUCGAUGGAAGACAGACUUACGUCUUUGUAGCAUUGCCGGCAUUCUGUGCAGUCUCAACUUACUCGACUCGGGUAUUCUCUCGUCUGCAUCGGUGACUAGUAUGCCCAGCGACCUGGAUCUGCAUGGAAACCGCUACUCCGUCUCAAUUUUCAUAUUCACAGUUGCGAGCAUCGUCUGCCAAUUGCCGUGUACUCUCGCAGUUCGUUGGGUCGGUCCCAGAGUCUGGUUCGCCGCGAUCACCUUCAUAUUCGGCCUAAUCACGUUAUGUACCGCCUUUAUUCAUACUUGGCGACAGAUGAUUGCGCUGCGAGUGUUGCUAGGAAUAGCCAUGUCAGGGAUCUACCCUGGAUUGACUUAUCUCAUUAGCACUUGGUACCCACGACGGGAACAGCAGGUCCGGUUCGCGGUUCUCCAGUCGGGGGAGGUGAUCGGGCUCGCGACAGGGUAUAUCGUGAACUAUGGCCUGAACAUGCUGGAUGGGAAAGCAGGCAUGCAAGGCUGGCGCUGGAUGUACCUUGUUCAGGGCUUGGUCAGUUGCGUCAUUGGGAUUCUCACAUAUUGGUGGAUGGUGGACUUCCCGGAGAAUGCUCACCGUAGCUUUCACUUCCUGAGCGAAGCAGAGGCACGCGUGGCUGCACAGCGGAUUCGAGCUGACCGUGAUGAUAUAAUGCCCGAAGCUUUCUCGUGGAGCAAGGCUUUGGCGCCUUUUGCCGAUCUGAAGCUGUAUGGCUUUGCCUGCAUGUACUUCUUAUUGAAUCUUGUCUCAACGGCGCUGAACUACUUUCUACCUAUCAUUCUCGAAUCAGGCAUGGGCUUCUCAAGCAAUGACUCUAUCCUUCUCUCAACACCGCCCUACUAUUGGUCCGUACUUCCAGUCCUUUUCACGUCAUUUGUGGGCGAUUCUUAUCGCAUCCGGGGUCCGCUCAUCACCUUCAACGCCCUCUGCCUGAUAGCUGGAUUUCUUAUGUUUGGUCUACCGUCCUCGACGCAGGUUACUAUUCGGUAUAUUGGGACCUUUCUCGCUACCGGGGCAUAUGUCUCCAACUGGGCAGCUCUGAACGCAUUCAUGGCCAACAAUGUCGUGGGACAGUGGAAUCGCGCCUCCACUGCAGCCGCCGUAUCGGCGUGUAAUGGCCUGGGUGGUGUGGCGGGCAGUUAUAUUGUGCGACAGCAGGAAGCACCACGCUAUCAAACCGCCGUAUGGGUAUCUAUUGGCUCCCAUGUCCUCAUGAUUGUUCUCGUGGGUGUCUUCACACUAUCUUUCUACUCGCUGAAUAGACAGCAGAAGAAAGGAAAGAUUCUCCAGAAUAUGGCUGGAUUCCAAUAUACAUGUUAGCAAAUAGAUUUUGGAUCAAUCG